AUGUCUGGAGGUACCUCUCACUCGCUACUGAAUUCAGAUUCAAAUUCUUCGCCUGAUUCCUCUUUUUUUUUAUUGAAUGAAGAAGAUGUGGCGAGUGGCGAGUGGCGAGUGGUUUUUAAGACAAUUGUGUUGUUUAUUGGUGAAGGUGACAAUGGUUCGUCGAAGCUUGACGUGUCGCCAUAUGAUGAGGCAAUGGAGGCUCUUUCUUCUCUGAUUACCAAACGUAGUCGGGCGGAUAAGAGCAACAAGGGCGAUCGAUUUGAUUUACUGUUUGAUUAUCUCAAGAUUCUGGAAUUGGAUGAGUCAAUUUCACAAAUGAAGAUUAUCCAUGUGGCAGGCACCAAAGGAAGGGAUCAACUUGCACUUUUACAGAAGCUAUAUUACGCAAUUGUGGCUUCCAUACUGGGCUUUUCACAUCUCCUCAUCUCAUUGAUGUUCGAGAAAGAUUUCGAUUGGAUGGUGCGAACAUAUGUGAAGAGAAGUUCUUGGCAUACUUCUGGUGGUGUUAUGAUAGAUUGAAGGCAUGUACAUUGUAUUUAUUAUUGUUUUUUCUUUUUAUUGUAUAAACUGAGGCCUAUAAUAUUUUUGAAUAUAAUUUGGUCAAUUAUUGUCAGAGUAAUGUUAGAUGAUUGUUGUUGUUGAUCAUAUUGAGGAGUUUAAACUUAUUUUCAACUAUUUUUCCUAACCACGUAAUGUUACUCCUUAUUACGA